UAAUAUCUGCGUCUGCUUACGUACUUAGUUACCGCGUCUGGAGCAUGCGUACAUCGUACUUUAGUUUUUCUCAUUUGUUGUCUGGACAAAAACAACGAGCAACAUGAAUGCAAAGAAAAUGCACAAGCCAAAUUGGGGAGGAGUGAUGGUUGUGUUGGCAGAGGCAAUUAAGUCUUCCUAUGCCGUGCUGUUUGGAAAAUUAUCGCCCUGCUUACGUCAGAGAAGAAGAAAGGGGAGUGGGAAGACAUUAACGAUACCUUUUGCCGUAGUUAUCCACAUAUACCAAUUAAACGAUUAAUAUACAUUGAAAAAGAUCCGCCAAUAUAUUUUCCUCAGCGUGAAAAUAAACUAAACCUAUAAACAGGUCUUCCGGAAUUCCUAGGGUUUUUUGACUGUCAUUAAAAGGUAAACAUCCGGUAUUUUCCUCUAAUUUGAUACACUCAUUUGUGUAAACUCUUCCAGUUUAGUAGUUCUGGAUAUACUGAGAAAAAGCUUCAAAUGGUACUUGACUCUUAUUCAUAUAAUAAUUGAAAGCUUUAUCUGCAUUGUAAUAACGUUUUAUUUUUACAUAGAUCUGGCUCCAGCAUGGUUUGUAUAAUUCUAAAUUUACUUUUUAGCCAACUUUUUAACCAACCAAGACACUAAUGAUAUCUUUAUAUUAAAUUGCCACAUAGCUUGUAGAAUCCAAUUUUAAAUUCCCAAAGUGAAAAUUAGAAAUUGUCUCCCUUGUGGAUAUCUCUGAUACUCAGACGAAUUUGACUCCAAUCUUUGGCACUCUGUUUUUACUUUUAGUUCUUACAGGUUUACUGUUAUUUCAGAUUUCCAAUAUUUCGGCUUGAGCAUCACUGGAGAGACAUUAUUUAUCAAAAUGCACAUCUGGUGCAUCAGAAUUGGUACCGUAUAAGUUUUACAUGCAAUCAGGGGAGUAUUCAUCAUUUACUGUUUUACUGAUAUUCUUGGUAUUCUUUGUACCGGUCAUUUAAUUGCAGUAUCCUGUACACUUUGAAUUCACAUGUUACAUGUACCGUUUUCAAUCUUUGCAGGUGUUGUCUACCAUUCCACCAGAAUCCAUCCAUGGCAUAGAGGGAACAGUAGAUACUGCAGAGUUCCACACUCACUAUGUUUCCAAAAGACCAUCAUCAGAUGCUGCAACGCUUCCCGAAGAAGCAUCAACUUCAACAAGUAUUACUGAUUCACCUGUUGUUGUAGCUCAAACAAUUGUAGCUGAAGAUAAUGGUUCAUUACGGAUUGAAAUUCAACCUGAACUAAAGACAAACAAAAUGCGGAAACAAGAAGAUUCAUCAAAGGCAGAAAUAUUCCAUUCUAGGAAGAGGAGGCUUGCCAUAAAAGAACAGAAAUUGCCUGUUCAGGAGAGCACAGCACAGGCAUUAGAGAGACAGUUGUCUACAAAGCAGGAAGAACGCCUGCCUUGCAGUCUCUCCCAUAAUAAAAUUUAA